AUGACAACAUUUUCGAAAACCAAUUUCAAAUCUUUAAACUAUAAUUCAUUCCGUCCUCAUUAUCCACCAUCAUUUUAUAAAAUAUUGGCUGACUAUGUGACCAAAGCGGAACCUCCAAUCAAUUUACCAAUUGAUAAAACCAUUGAUUUGGGAUGUGGAACUGGUGUUGCAACUUAUCCAUUAUUAAAUAUCUCAACUAAUGUUCUUGGUGUUGAUUUAUCCCUGAAAAUGAUUGAAACUGCCAAUUCAUUAAUUGAUAAGAAUUUACAAACAUUAGGUAUUAAUAACUCUUUAUUGACACUGAGAAUUAAAUUUAUUACUGGAUCAGUUGAGGAAUUUGUUAAACAACAACACAAUAAUAGUGUUGAUUCCAUUGAACUUAAUUCAAUUGAUUUGAUUACUGCUGCUCAAUGCAUUCAUUGGUUUCAAGAUUAUGAUUUAUUUUUCCAAAAUUGUCAUCAAUUAUUGAAAAAUGAUACUGGAGUUUUAGCAUAUUUCUUUUAUAAUGAUCCUAAAAUCGUUGGAUUUCUGGGACCAUCAAGGGACGAUAUCACUAAAGAAGAGAUACUCAAGUUAAGUUAUAGCAUAUAUAACAAAUACGUCUAUGAUGAUGAUAAUUAUAUGGGAAAAUAUUGGGAACAACCAGGUCGUAAUAUUUUAAAACAUUUUUGUCAACAAGUCAAUGAAAAGAUCCCACGUGACUUGUACACCGAUAUUGUUAUCAAUACGUUUAAACCGUCAAUUGAAAAUAAUGGUGGUACUUCUAUAGCUAAUGAAGAGGUGGAUUUGGAUUUGAAGAAAAUUGGAAUCUCAGUUCAAGAUUAUAUUGAUUAUAUUUCAACUUAUAGCGGGUUCCAUAAUUAUAUAGAAGCUACAGGUAAUGAUGGUUUAUUAACUAAUGAAUUUGUGAAAGAGUUGAUUGAAAUUACUGGCUGGGAUUUAGAAAACACUAAAAUUGAUUUAGUAUGGAAUACUGGUUAUACUUUUAUUAGAAAGAAAAAGAAUACUUGA